GCAGUGAUAAGUGGUUGAUAGCGAGAUGACCAUUACGAACCUAUUUAUUCUGCUAAAUCUCGGCAGCGAGAUGCUGUACGUGAUCGAUCAGCGCUUGAAAGCUCAGGCGAUUCCGCUGGACAAGUCCGCCCAGGUUCUCCGAGAAAUCACCGAGGUGCUGCUGGACCCCAAAUUUUUGCACUACAUUUCAACGGCCUACCAGCACAACAUGCUAACGGUUCAUCAGACGCGCAUACUCCUUACGGACAUUGCCUGUUGCUCGUUGAUGCGUCUCGACGUCAGCUCGAUGGAUAAGCUGUGGGAUCUCAUGGUAAUGAUUUUCAAGUGGCAAAUGUAUCUCACCAACAAGAGCGCCCAAGCGCUGAUGGAUCUGACGUUUCGUCACCUGGACGGGAUUGGUCGGUUGAUCCCGGAAAUGAGGAAGCAAAUCCUGAUCGACAAUGUGAAAAAGUCGCUGAUUGAAAUGUGGGAACCGCUGUGUGAGGAUGAUCAAAUAAUUGUUCAUCGCAGAGUGUACAAGUGGUUAAAACCAUACACAACCAAAAUUUCCAUUCUUAUUCGCAUGGGAUUGCAGAAACAAGACGGAGAAUUCGAGCCAACCCCGCACAAUAACAUAUUCUACAACUAUUACAUAAACAAUAUCGGUGAGAAUAUUUAUGCCAAAACCGCCAACCUCCAAGCAUUGAAAAGCCAAACCGAUCAGGCUGAAAACAACACCCUUGCUGAACAACAGGCUAGCAAUAGUCACGAAAUUGAUACGCUUGUUGAGCAGUUGAACAUUCAACAUUCUGAAACAGACGAUUCGGACGCAAAUGCUACGAAUGCUAGAAAUUCGGAAUCUAUCCACGGAGGACUGAACGAUAUCGUUAUCGAUCAAAACGUGGAACCGGAAGCCAAAACUACAAGUACUGAUGAACUGAACGCUGAGGGUGGAAGUAAUCUGGCAAAGUUUAUGAAGAAAAUAAAGAUGGACGAUGAUGAGCUUGUGGUGAAACAUGUCGAGGCUACCAAUCCCAAUGAAGAGCUGCUCAAAAUGUUCGAUCAAAAUUUGGAAAAUUGAAUUUUUGAGUAUGCCUCAAAGAGAUUUAUUGAUUCUAGUCCAAGAUAAAAAGGUUUUUAAAACACGGCACUAUUAGUAAUCUAUUAUAUAAAAUUUGCACUCCUGAAAACGAACAGAGUUGUUUUUUAUAAAUUUGAUAAGAAAAAUAAAUUAUUGCCGAAUUCAUUUGAACGUUUUCAUAAACAAUAUAUUGAUUGAGUUUAUCACGUUUGGAGGUUUGUAGAUUGUUUGUUUGAGUAUAUGUUAUUGUUAGCUCUAAAAUCUGAACAUUGAAAAUUGAAAUUGUCCCUGCUUUUCGUGCGUUUGAACAUCUAGAGAUACACCAUUGAAUAAAAAUGUUUAAAAUGGACCAUGGAAAAUGGUUCGGAGCAUGAGUGAUCAAGAAAAAACAGCUAUUGAAAUAAUGCGUAGUUUUUUAUUCUGUGUCAAAUAUUGUAAGAAAAUAUAAGGCUUUCGAUUGC